AUGACGAAAGCCACAGAAAACGAGCGAAUCCCUGAGGAGCCGCCCUCAGUGGAGGAGGACCUCUACAAGAUCCUAGGUGUCGAGUCAAACGCAACCCCCGAAGCAAUCAAAUCUGCCUACAAAAAGAGUGCAUUAAGGCAUCAUCCUGACAAGGUCAGCGAAGAUGCCCGUGACGCAGCCCACGCAAAAUUCCAACAGAUCGCCUUAGCCUACGCCGUCCUAUCAGACUCACGCCGGCGCAAAAUCUACGACCGCACUGGAAACACUGAAGAGGUCCUUGGCGAAGAUGGCGACUUCGACUGGAUGGAGUUCUACCGCGAACAGCUCUCCGCAAUGCUAGACACAAAAGCGAUUUCCGACUUCCAGAAGAAAUACCAAAACUCCGACGAGGAGAAGCGCGAUUUGUUGGAGGCUUAUGAAAAACACUCAGGUGAUCUGGACAAGAUCUAUGAGUCGGUCAUGCUUUCCAAUGUUCUCGAUGACGAUGAGCGCUUCCGGGCUAUCAUCGACCAGGCUAUUGCGGAUGAGGAGGUGGAAGAUUACAAGAAGUACUCUCAGGAACCGGAGAAGAAGCGAGAGCAGCGCAAGAAGCGUGCGCUGAAGGAGGCCAAGGAGGCAGAGAAACUAGGCAAGGAAGUUGAAGAGAAUAAGAAGAAGAAGUCUGCUGCCGCAUCUAAGGCUUCGAAGGGCUCUGGAGGUGGUGAGGAUGAUUUGCUGGCUUUGAUCACUAAACGGCAGCAGCAGAGAGGUCAGGGAUUUUUGGCACAGCUGGAGGAAAAGUAUGGCCAGCCUAAUGGGAAGAAGCGCGGGCCUGCUGAUGAACCUUCUGAGGAGGCAUUUGCUGCGGUUGGGGCUCGGAAAAAGUCCAAGGAUGCGAAACCCAAGCCAAAGAAGUCCAAGGCGUAG